GUAGACGUCAUGACGUUGAGCCCCGUAGCCGUCAGUGUUUCCGUGUUGUGUGGCCUCAGUAAACAGCUGAUUCCUCUCUCUCUAUCUCUCUAUCCCUCUCUAUCUCUCCAUCAGCAGGAUGAGUACGGAUAAAUACCCUCGCUCUUCCAUUGAAGAUGACUUCAACUAUGGAACCAACGUGGCUACAGCCAGCGUCCAGGUCCGCAUGGACUUCCUCAGGAAGGUGUACAGCCUGCUGAGUCUACAGAUCAUCCUCACCACAGCCACCUCUGCCCUCUUCAUGUUCUCUACAACCAUCAAGGAGUUCGUCCACGACAGUCCUGCUGUGGUUCUGGUUUCAGCUCUGGGCUCUCUGGUUCUCCUGCUGGCCCUGGCCAUGUACAGACACCAGCACCCGGUCAACCUCUACCUGCUGCUCGUAUUUACUCUGCUGGAGGCGAUUUCUGUGGCCACAGCGGUGACCUUCUAUGAAUACUCCACUGUCCUGCAAGCCUUGUGCCUGACCUGUGCUGUGUUUGCUGGACUGACAGUCUACACCUUCCAGUCCAAGAGAGACUUCAGCAAACUGGGAGCAGGACUGUUCGCCUGCCUGUGGAUCCUCCUCAUCGCCGGCUGCAUGAGGUUCUUCUUCAACAGCGACAGCACCGAGCUGAUCCUGUCUGGAGCCGGAGCCCUGGUCUUCUGUGGCUUCAUCAUCUACGACACCCACAUGCUGAUGAAGCAGCUGUCUCCUGAGGAGCACAUCCUGGCCUCCAUCAACCUCUAUCUGGACAUCGUCAACCUCUUCCUGCACAUCCUGCGUAUCCUGGACUCUCUGAAGAAGCACUGAGAGCUGCAGGACCACGUCAGACACUCAGCUGGACUCACUGGUGUUAACCCCCCCGUGUUCAUGUGAGUGUCUGUCCUGAAGUCCACCAGAUGUUAGAUUGUAAAGAGGGAACCUGUCCUUCUCGGUGAACUGUCUCUACAGGCGUCUGCACUACGUACUUCUGUUUAUCUCCACCAUUACUUCUUUAUAGCUAGCUGUGCUGUUGUAUUAAGUGAAGUCGAUCUAUAUCAGUAACGUUUUCUUUGGUCUGAAAUUUAAAUGCACCCCCCAAAUGUUUUUAUUCUUAUUUUAUUCUAACGUUUUUAUCUAUUCUUUUGUUAUUAUACUGUUUGACUUGCACCAACAUAACCAAAGCAAAUUCCUAGUGUAUACCUCUUACACCUGGCAAUAAACAUCAUUCUGAUUCUGAUUCUGAUUCUGAUAUGAUGAGACGGCUCAGUGGUCCACUACCUGAUACCUGAUACCUGAUAUAGAGCCCUCUAGCGCCCCCAGCUGGCCUAUUAGCAGCUCACCUUGUGCUGUUGACACUUCCCAGUUCACUCAGUGAGUCAAAUGAAUGCAUACAUAUUUAAUAUACUACUACUAGUAUAUACAUAUACAUGGUGGUAUACACUCAGCUGCCAGUUUAUUAGGAACACUGAGCUAAACCUGAUGCAGUCUAAUACAGCAGUCCUGCAGUAAACCUUCAGGUUCUUAUAUUCAGGGCUUUGAUGGACAUUCAUUUAACUGUGUGUUCAUUUCAAACAUUAAACUACGCCCUUUUCCAAAUUCAUACAUGUUAUUGCUACGGUCUGAGACGGUAUAUAAUAUAUAAUAUAAUAAACUCAUAUUGUGAUGUCAUAGGGUAUAGAGUGGGUGGUGUUCCCCUUUAAGGGUGAGCUUCAGGACAUGUUGUCAUAUGAGGCACUAGUGGACGCUGUAACACGUUUAGAGAGGGCAUUUCUCAUCGUAUAUCUUUCCAGCUUUGGGUUUUCAUAUCUAUCUAUCAUUCCACUAAUUUAUUCUUAAACUGAGUUUAUAUUGAAUGUUUUAAAUGUAGUAGUUUAUAUUCCACCAAUAUCACUUCAUCAUGGUGUACAAGAAGACCACAACAGUUUAGUAAAGUGCAUGCCUGGGUUCAUUGAUGUCUGUGAUUGUACAUAUUCUAACGGUGUAAAUGUAACCGUGUACAGUUCAGUACUGAAGAACUGCAGUCAGUGAAGAAGUGGAAUCAUUCUGUGAGUAAUCUCAAGCAUCAGGAUGUCUAAAUGUUCUUCAUGAAUGAUUAAGAAGACCUUGUGGAAUGUUUUUCAUGUUCAAACUGCGGUUGUGUGCACGUCUUCAAUGUACUGGACUAACAGCAGAUCUAUGUCUUUCUGUCAUUGUGUUUGUUUUAUUGAUUAUGGUUUAUGAUAAUUAACUUCUGUAAACUGUUGUUAUACAUUCUUUAUGGAGCUGUCAGAAAAUAAAGAUUACCAUAUUUUCUGAUUGGAAAAAGUAUGGGCGGGAAAAUGA